AAACACUCUAGCUCAGCGACGUGCGAAUCAUUAAAGUCAAAAAGCUAAAGAAAGUAUUAAACGUCCAUUUUUUUGGUUUUUUUUUAUAUUUUGAUAACAAUGAGCAUUGAGUAAUAAUCUUGGCAAAAAUGGACGGAAAUUAAAAGCAAUGUAAAGCUGGGAAACAUGAAAGAUGCAAGCGGUCCCAAACGUUCCCUACCGAAUUCUGAUCUCGACGAGAAUGACUCUAAACGCGGAUCAGAACCCAAAGAGAAGGCUGACAAACAAAAACGAAAAAAGCUACGGAAAAGACGAAGUUCUAGCUCACCCGAAGAGGACAUUAUUGAUGGAUUUGUGAUUGCAUCUUAUUCUAGCCUUCGAAAUUUGGAAGUGAGUGUUUUACUGAGGGUUUUGUGAGCAUUUGCAUGUUGUUAAAAUUGUUAUGUAAACAGUGUCCGCAUUUCGAACUUUUUGCAAACAAUUUGUGGUGAAGUCUUAACACUUUCUCCCUCUAAUCUGAGCGUUUGUUUAGUUUUAGUAUAAAGGAUUUAAUACAAAUAUCCAACUGUCAUUUUUAUUGCAGACAUUAUUAGCAGCACGAUUUCGCUGUGUGCUUUGUUAAUGCGAAAGAAAUUGAUCCUAAGCACGAUUCAUAAGUGGCUUCUUGUUAUAACCUCCUUGGAAAAAAUGUAUUACAUGUAAAUGCGUUCGGAACUUAUUGUUCAAAACAUCAAAAUUGUAGCAAUUUUGAGCAAUUUGUAACAAAAUUAAUGCAGUGGUGAAGUUUGGUUUUUGAUCAUUCAAGUAAAGAAAAGAGCAAGAAUUUUUGAAAUGUCAACAAUGCAAUCUAUAGGCAGAAAGAAAAUUACACUAUUUCAUUCUAUUGUAAACUUUAUAUUGGAGAUGUUUAUACCAGUGGUUUAAACUCAUUCUUUUUCCCCCUGAAAAUUGGAAAGUAAGGUUUGGUAUCGAUAGGUAAUCAGAUCAUGUGAAUCUUCUAAGCAUGCACUAGGAGAGUAGCAUUUGGAAAUUGAAGGGUUUCACCUGUUACUUGUAACUCUUACUGAAAACAAUAUAACACAUGGCUGUAUUUGCCAAAGGCUGUUGCACGUUCGUAGCUGGGUGUAAGUAAGGUCCGACUUUGAAGUAAUACCUGGUUGCCAUGUAUACUUGGCUAUGUAUAGCGUUGUUCCAGGGAAAAAACCCACACUCCCCCCAAUGAGGAAUUUCUGCUGUCUGGAGGGGGGGAGGGAAAAUGUACUUUUGAUAACAGUACAAUGUACUAGGAUGUCCGAGGGGGGGUAGGAGAGUUAAUUUUCUCUGUGGGGGAGGUCCAGGCAUUUUCUUGAAUCACCCAUUGAGAUUUUAGCUAUGAUAGAAAGUUAUUGUUCUGGUUUCAUUGUUUGUGUGCCACAACUGACCAGUCUUGCCGAGAUUCAGCAGGAUAUUGGCUAGGCAAUAUGAUUAAUUUGCUACAUAGGGUAAUUAUUUGGUUAACCUACUAAGAUACUAUUAGAAUGGCAAUGGAUCUAUUACCUAAUGAACAAAAUUUUGAUCUAGACAAGUCUAGACAAACAUUUCAUCACAGCUUGAAAGAGCCACGCAAAAUUAGUAAUAUUCCAAAGUUUCGUUGCAAAAUGUUGUAAAAUGCGGAAAAUAUAGCCCUGCGAAGUUUGCCAUUUUUCAGUCAUUUUGUAUUGUGCACAAGAAAUUGAUACCACUUUCUGAAAAAGGUAUCAAUUUGCCGUGCGUAAUACAAAAUGACUGAAAAACGGCAGACUUAGCAGGGCUAUAUUAUCCACAUGUUACAACAUUUCGCAACGAAAAUUCAGAAUAUUACUAAUUUUGUGAUGCUCUUUCAAGUUGUGGUGAAAUUUUUGUCUAGACUAGUCUAGAUCAAAAUUUUGUUUAUUAGGUAAUGGGUCCAUUACACCUAGUAGCAUUUGAUAUUUGCAUGUACAAAAUAAUGCAACUGCAGUAUACAAAAUCAAAAGGCAAGUGCACAUACCAAUGUAAAGACCAUCUUUCCAACUGUUAAACCAUUGGAUCAUUCUGGAAAAGAUCUAUCCACACUUCCUUUAUGGAGGAAAUUUCUGCUGUCCAGAGGGUGAGGGGACGAAAUCUACUUCUGAUGAUAGUAAAAUGUACUAGGACAUCCAAAAGUGGUAGGGGGGUUUACAUCCAAUUUACUCUGUGGGCGUGGCAUUUAUAUUUUCUGGAAUGACCAUUAACAUUUGACACCCUCCCCUAGAACAGUUAAGCAAUUGUAAGGUACAUUGCAUUGCUGUUCAAACAUUGUCUGGACGAACUAUUUUUUUAUGUAGGUUGUUUCUCCAAAUACACCUGAUUGUCUGCCUGUGUUGGUUGGAGGACAAAAUGAAGAGCCUGUCGAGGCAGCAGCAAACGGAAUACAGGAAAUUGAGGAAGAAGUUCCCAGACUACCAACUGAGAGCAAUGAGGUGACCUCUUACUUUCAUUGGAUUAUCCAAAGAUUAUUUUGCUAAGUAUAAACAUUGCAAGAAUAAAUAAAUUUAAAUACCUUUGUAUAAUCCUGGAAGGCUGGAAUGUUAAUUAGUUUCGGACUCUGGAUUAGAAUCUGACUGUCAAAGGGAGAUUCUUUGCAACUGACAAAUUAAUGUGAAAUAUUUAUUAGGAAGCAUUUGAUGUGAAGGCAAUUGAAAAUGCUGUGGUCAGAGAGAGCAGUAAUGGUGAUGUUUCAAAACCAGAAAUUGACUUGUCAAGACAAUCACCUGGCCAGAUGACAGAUGUAAGU